AUGAGUGUGAAUGGAGCAAGCGAGGCUAUAUCGGUUAUCGGAAAACAAAAAGAUAUUGGACUUGUUAUAGCCAACGUUGAGCUGACCGACUCAAAUUAUUUUCUCACUGCCAUGCACAACAAAGAAAUUCCUCUUAUACAGAUAAACAUUAAGGAAGCAUCAGAUCUUUUGACAAAAAGAGCCUGUUUUUGUCUGAAGAAGCCAAUUUCUGAAAAUGACAUCGACAACAUGUUGCAACAUGUGGUACCUAAUAAAAGGCAAGAGUGGGAGAAAAUCAACGUAGCUGAAAAACGAGAGAACGUUGUGGAAGAAAGUAUGAGGCAGAUCCAAGCUUUCAGAGACCACAUAAGGAGGCAGGGAUCAAGUCAGUCAUCUUUGCUAGGAAGACGACCACUCAACAAAACAUUCACAUCUUCUGAAAUGUACCGAAACGGAAGAAGCAUAGAAAAUGUUGAGAGACGCAAAAAUGUAUGGACUCGUGACCGUCACAUGAAGUUUUUAGCUGCUAUAUCCAUCUUGGGUGAAAAAGAGUCUCGUCCCAAACCCAUAUUAGAGAUCAUGAAUGACUCAAACUUGUCUCAACGCCAAGUUGCUAGCCAUCUUCAGAAAUACAAAUUUCAAGUUGAGAGAAUUAGCAAUACAUUAACGAGGAAUGAAUGGAAAUCGACGGAUAAAACAUUUCAUUAUCCUUCAGAUUAUGUGUAUCCUUUCAAAGCUUCUAACUUAAUGAAGAAUAUCAUCGAAAGUAACUCAAUGUGGUAUUCCCUGAGAAGAAAAAAAUGUUCCUCAUCAUCUACUGUCCAAUAUUCAUUUGAAAGAUCUGCUGCUGAGAGGAAGGGCAAAAUGCCAAAGUUUCAUCUAGAAGAAACAUCGGGUCUGCAUAGUCACUCACUUUUCGGUUCAAGUGUUGGUGCAUCUAGUUUAGAUGCAUUCCAAAAGGAAUCUGCUCAGAUUUGUAUUAAUCCUAACCCUUCUCAGCCAUCUAGCUAUGUUCUUGAAACCAAUAGGAACCCACUAGAUAUGAACCAAAUGGGUACGGUUUCUCUAGGAGAAAAUCAUGGUUUUUCUCAAGAUACGAUUUUAACUAAAUCAAACCAUUUGGGUUUGGUGUCUGGUGAAACAAGUCAUAUUGAAACCCCACCUGAAACCGAUAUAAACCAAAUGGAUUGGGAUUGGAUUUUUGCUGAGGCGGAUUAUGCUAUUCUUGAAGAUAUGACUGUUUCUGAAACCAAUAGAACCCAAGUGGGUUUGGGUCCUAGUGAAACAAGUUUUGCUGCGUUGGACAAUGUAGCUCCUCCUGCAAAUAAUACGAACGAGAUAGAGUUGGUUCCUUACGAGGAAGGUAAUGAUAUUCCGAUUGAAGAUCUGGUUUCAUUUGAUACUGAUAUGAGCGAGAUGGACUUGGACGCAUGGUUGGAAAACUAUGAUUCUUUUCAGAGAGAUGUUCCUUUGCUGGCUAGUUGCAUCAACCAUGAUCUUGCCUUCACCCCGGCUACAAGCCAGCAUCAAAAUAUAGAAGCCGCAAAUCCAAGGGAGGCUAUAGAAGGAGUCAAUCAUUUGGAUGAUGAUUCAGAUCAGAACCUGGAUUGGAUCGACGAUAUUUUUGCAUGA